CAUCAUCAGCAGGGUUCCAAGCCCGCGAUCACUUGACACCACACCUAACUAUCGACGAAACAUCCCCCCGCCCACCGCGCACUAGUUAACUAACCACCACCACCGUCCACCCGUCUCAGGCACCCGCCCGCCAACCCAACAUGGACGCCUCACAGAUAACCACACGUGCCACAACCGCGCUGUCAACACUAAUGACGACGCUGUCGACGCUCGAAGCGCAGCAAGCGGCGCUGCUCCAGUCGAUGUCGUUAACGCACUCGACGCUGCAAACCCUCCCCGCCUACAGCGCCGUCGCACCAACGCUGUCACAGAUCCCGACGUACUCCUCGAAGCUGGCGCGGCUGAAGCGGCUCAUGGCUCUGCAGCAACAGGAGCUGGAGGGGUUGAAGCGCCGCGCUCUGGACGUCGGGAAGAGACGGAGGGAACAUCUGGCGAGGGUUAGGGAGAGGGAGAGGGAGGAGGCGGAGAAGGAUCGUGGGGUGCUGCGCGCGAGGAUCGUGGGUGAGGGGUUGUCGAGGGCUGGGACGCCGGUGAGUGGGGAAAUGCUGGAGGAGAAUGGGAGCGCGGGGAUUUUGCCGGCUUCUGGGAGGGGUACGCCGGCUUCUGGGAGGGGUACGCCGGCUUCUGGGAGGGGUACGCCGGCUUCUGGGAGGGGUACGCCGGCUUCUGGGAGGGGUACGCCGGCUUCUGGGAGGGGUACGCCGGUGCCGGCGCAGGCUGUGAGAGUUGUUAAGAAAAAGAAGGCGAGGAAGGUGGAGAUUCAGUAAUGCGUUGAGUUCAGCGAUAAUUAUAAUUCAUGUAUUCCUUUGAUGACGUCUU